UGGGCGGGGGCAGGGGGUUGUCACGUGGUAGACAGCUGGGUCUUAAGUCACCCGCGCUCCCACCAUCUCUACAGCUAUCACCUCCGUCACCGUCACUGCCCGUGGGCUGUGGAGAGGAGGAUGGAUCCCGUGGCCGUGUCUUCUGAGGUCGGGGAUAGACCGGGAGCCCCGUCUGGGUCGGGCCUCUCGGCUUCCCAACGUCGGGCCGAGCUACGGCGGAGAAAGCUGCUCAUGAACUCAGAACAACGCAUCAACCGAAUCAUGGGCUUUCACAGGCCCGGGAGCGGCGCGGAAGAAGAAAAUCAAGCAAAAACAAAGCAGCAGGACAGUGAUAAACUCACCUCCCUCAACCUUCCUUCAGUUUCAAAACGAGUAGUGCUGGGUGAUUCGGUCAGUACAGGGACAACAGACCCACAAGGCGACAUGGCAGAGGUAAAGGGGACCCAGCUGGGAGACAAGUUGGACUCUUUCAUGAAACCACCAGAAUGUAGUACAGAUGUUAACCUUGAGCUCCGGCAGCGGAACAGAGGGGACCUGUCAGCGAACACUGUCCAAAGGGGGCCUCACCAUGGCCUAGAACAGUACCUUUCCAGAUUCGAAGAAGCAAUGAAGCUACGGAAGCAACUGAUCAGUGAAAAACCCCAUCAAGAGGAUGGAAGUACAACAGAGGAAUUUGACUCUUUUCGAAUAUUUAGAUUGGUGGGAUGUGCUCUUCUUGCUCUUGGUGUCAGAGCUUUUGUUUGCAAAUAUUUGUCCAUAUUUGCUCCAUUUCUUACUUUACAACUUGCGUACAUGGGACUAUACAAAUAUUUCCCUAAGGGUGAAAAGAAGAUAAAGACUACAGUACUAACAGCUGCACUUCUACUGUCUGGGAUUCCUGCCGAAGUGAUUAAUCGAUCAAUGGAUACUUACAGCAAAAUGGGAGAAGUCUUCACAGAUCUUUGUGUCUACUUUUUCACUUUUAUCUUUUGUCAUGAACUGCUUGAUUAUUGGGGCUCCGAAGUACCAUGAAGUAAUGCAAAACUCAGAAAGAGAAGCUAAUAAAAACCAAUUUCUUCUGUAUUGCAUUGUCCCUAAAGGAGGCAAAUUGGUUUACAUCUUUAUGUAUUUCUUUUACUUUGUAGGAAUUGUAACAUUAUUUUACUAGGAAUGAAAAGGGAUGAGUUUGUAUUAGUACUGCUCUGAAGAACAGAGUACCAGUGUCAUUGAUGAUUUUUCCUGUUUCAUUGGACUCCAUAGUCUGUAUCUGUCCUCUAACUUCUCAGAUUGGUAUUCCUCUAUUUUAGAAGAGCAGAUAAAUAUGGUCUCAACUAUCUCUAUGGAUAGCUUCUUGUAUUUGUAUCAUUCUGUCCUGAGAACUGAAACCAUCUUAAAAAUAAAAUGAAAGAAACUGAA